AAUUUAAUAAUAGAUGCUGUAAUUUAUAAAUGCAAAAUGGAUAUCUGCCGUUUGUGUUUGCGCGGAAUCGGCGGGGCCCAGAUGUGUCUACAGAUCUUCGAUGUGAAUGCAACGGACAACAAAGUGGCCGAAGUGCUGCGCCAGCAUUUCUGGUUCGAGGUUCUGCCCAACGAUGAGAUAUCAAAAGUUAUCUGCAAUGUCUGCUGGACCCAGGUGUCCGAGUUUCACCAGUUUUAUAUUUCCAUACAAGAGGCUCAAGUUAUUUAUGCCACCACCUCGAAGUUCAAGCAGGAUCCCGAGGCGGUGAACACAUCCUGGCCGGAGGAAGUACUCAUGCCAGCCGAUGUGCUGUCUGUGGACAAUGAUGUGAGUGCUCAGAUAAAUGUGAAUCCCCUGGAUGAGCUAGAACUAGGCCAGACUCUGUCGCCGGAAUCUCCAGUCGACAGUAAGCUGGACAUCAAAACUGAGCGGCAAUCCCCAGAUUUGGAAUUUGGCCUUGAAGAACCCAACAACGAUGAUGGCGAAGACGACGACGACGACGAUGAUGAUGAUGAUGAUGGCGAUGUUGACUAUGAAGAUGAGGAAGACGAUUUAAUUAUUACGAGAAGUGGCCGCAAACGGAAAGCGAGGGAAGGAGUCGCCAAGCCAGCCAAGACGAAAAAGAUUGGACAGACGGGAAACAAGAGCAAAGCUAAAAUUAAGAAACCUAAGCCAGUGAAAAGAGUAUUUAAGAUGGAACGCUUGCCGCCGUUUUGCAAGGAAGAUGAAGAACUCAUAAAACGAUACAUUGUGAUGGGCUGUGAGCUGUGCAUAUUUUUGGCUGAAGACUUCGACGGUAUUCGGGAACACUUCAAGGAGAAGCAUCCAGACGAACGGCCCUACAUCAAAUGUUGCGGCCGGAAGCUAAAUAAGCGCUGUCUCAUACAAGAGCACGCAAGAAGGCAUGAGAAUCCGGAGUAUAUUAAGUGCAAGGACUGUGGCAAGGUGUUCGCCAACUCCAGCGUAUUGCGCGCCCAUUGGCUGGUUCACCAUGUUCCCGAUGAGGAAUGCGACUUCCAGUGCGAGGACUGCGGAAAGCGCUUCUCCCGCCGUAAUCUCCUUGAGCUGCAUAAGGGCUCCCACGUGCCAGUAAACGAGAGAAAGUUCAUUUGUCCCGAGUGCCCCAAGCACAAUGCCUUCGCAACGGAAUACCAUAUGCAGGUGCACAUCAGCAUGCAGCAUCGCAAAGCGGCGAAUGUGUGCCAUGUGUGCGGCAAGAGUAUUAAGGAUAAGGCCGUCUUUGAAAAACAUGUUCGCCUGCAUUUUGAGGAGAGUGGGCCACGCAUCAAAUGCCCGCGACCAGACUGCGAGAGUUGGCUGAAAGAUGAGGAUAACCUCAAGCAGCAUUUGAGGCGCCACAACGACGAAGGCAAGCUUUUCAUUUGCUCGGAAUGUGGCAAGAGCUGCAAGAACUCUCGUGCGCUGAUCGGCCACAAGCGAUACUCCCACUCGAAUGUGAUUUACACCUGCGAACAGUGCGGCAAAACGUUCAAGAAAGAUAUAAGCCUAAAAGAGCACAUGGCCCAGCACACUGGUGAACCUCUGUACAAGUGUCCCUUUUGCCCGCGCACCUUCAAUUCGAAUGCCAACAUGCAUUCGCAUAAGAAGAAAAUGCAUCCAGUCGAGUGGGACAUUUGGCGGAAAACGAAGACGGGAAGUUCUCAGAAGAUUCUGCCAAGUGCACAAGUGGCCCAGAUGUUCAGAGACGAUGCCGAUGCAGCAGCAAUUGCCAAUGACUACACUACAGCUUAGGUUUAGAAUUGCUUUAGGAGCAAGUUACAACAGAAAUAAUCUUGGGUUUUGAUUUAUCUUUGUUUAAAAACCAAUUAUACGUAACCAAAUUGCGAGCAACUAGUGUCCUGGACAGAGACAACUAACGAUUAACCCACUGUCGACCAGUGGAUAUAAAAAUGCAAUCUAUGAAAAUUAUGAAUCUUGAA